AGUCUCUCUGAUAGCGCAUUUGUCGACUGGGAUUUCGGUCGUAUUCUUCCGCGAGCUGGUGUCGAUGGUCAACUCUUCUCUAUGAUGUCUAUCUCUGGAAUGACUAUUUUCGUCAGCGAUGAUUUCUGCUCACGUCGAGUGCAAAUCGCGCGUGGCUCCUCUCGUGUUGCUUUCAACCUGAUCAGAGAAGAAGCAUUCACAUCUUGA